AUGUCAGCUCUGCCCCUGGACGAGCUCCAGAUCACCUACAAGGACCCGAAGACAGGAAAGCUGAGGACUUCACCAGCGCUGCACCCUGAGCAGAAGGCAGACCAAUAUUUUGUGUUAUACAAACCACCCCCUAAAGACAACAUUCCUGCCCUAGUGGAGGAAUACCUGGAACGCGCCACCUUCAUAGCCAAUGACCUCGACUGGCUCCUGGCCUUGCCUCACGAUAAAUUCUGGUGUCAGGUUAUCUUCGAUGAGACCCUGCAGAAGUGCCUGGACUCCUACCUACGCUAUGUGCCCCGAAAAUUUGAUGAGUGGGUGGCCCCGGCCCCUGAGGUUGUGGAAAUGCAGAAGCAUCUCCAUCGAAGUGUUUUUCUCACCUUCCUUCGCAUGUCCACUCACAAGGAAUCCAAAGAUCACUUCAUUUCCUCCUCUGCCUUUGGAGAAAUCCUCUACAACAACUUCCUGUUUGACAUCCCAAAGAUCCUGGACCUCUGCGUGCUCUUUGGAAAAGGCAACAUGCUGCUGCUCCAGAAGAUGAUAGGAAACAUCUUUACCCAGCAACCAAGUUACUACAAUGACCUGGAUGAAACCAUGCCCACCAUUCUUCAGGUCUUCAGCAAUAUCCUCCAACAUUGUGGCUUGCAAGGAGAUGGGGCCUGCGCCACACCCCAGAAGCUUGAGGAGAGGGGACGACUGACCCCCAGUGACAUGCCUCUCCAGGAACUGAAGGACAUUGUUCUCUACCUUUGUGAUACCUGCACUACACUCUGGGCCUUUCUGGACAUCUUCCCUUUGGCAUGUCAAACUUUUCAGAAACAUGACUUCUGUUACAGACUAGCUUCCUUUUAUGAAACGGCAGUUCCUGAGUUAGAAACCGCAAUUAAGAAGAGGCGGCUGGAAGAUAGCAAGCUGCUAGGUGACCUGUGGCAGAGACUCUCCCAUUCCAGGAAGAAGCUAGUGGAGAUUUUUCAUAUCCUCAUGAACCAGGUCUGCCUGCUUCCCAUCCUAGAAAGCAGCUGUGACAAUGUCCAGGGCUUCAUUGAGGAGUUCCUUCAGAUCUUUAGCUCCUUGCUGCAGGAGAAGAGGUUCCUCCGGGACUAUGACGCACUCUUCCCAGUGGCCGAUGAUGUUAGUUUGCUGCAGCAGGCCUCAUCAGUCUUUGAUGAGACACGCACUGCCUACAUCCUCCAGGCAGUUGAAAGUGCAUGGGAAGGGGUGGACAGACAGAAAACCACAGAGCCUAAAGACCCACCGCUGGCUGAGGAUCCUAAUGGGGUGGCAGCAACAGCGGGGCCCACCAGUCAAACACCAUCACAGCCAGAGAACUACGAGGAAGAGGAGUGCAUGGGAGCAGCUGCUGCCCUGGGCCCCCCUGUGUCUGGAGUGGAACUGGAUUCGCUCAUCUCCCAAGUGAAGGACCUGCUGCCGGACCUCGGUGAGGGUUUCAUCCUGGCCUGCCUGGAGCACUACAACUACGCCCCCGAGCAGGUGAUCAACAACAUCCUGGAGGAGCGGCUGGCCCCUGCCCUCACCCAGCUGGACCGCAGCCUAGACAGACAGGCGAGACCAAACCCAACAACCCUGUUGGCAUCUCGUCACAAUGUCUUCCAGAAUGACGAGUUCGACGUAUUCAGCAGGGACUCGGUGGAUCUGAGCCGGGUGCACAAGGGCAGGAGUACCAGGAAGGAAGAGAACACACGGAGCCUGCUGAAUGACAAGCGAGCGGUAGCAGCUCAGAGGCAGCGCUAUGAGCAAUACAGCGUGGUGGUAGAGGAGGUGCCCCUGAAGCCUGGGGAGGACCUUCCCUAUCGUGGUGAUGACUACGAGGACGAGUAUGAUGACACGUAUGAUGGCAACCAAGUGGGCGCCAAUGAUGUGGACUCAGAUGACGAGCUCAUCAGUCGCAGACCCUUCACCACCCCUCAGGUGCUGAGAACCAGAAUGCCCAGGGAAGGGCAGGAGGAUGAGGACGAUGAGGAGGAGGAGGCUGAAGAGGAGGCCCCCAAGCCCGACCAUUUCGUGCAAGACCCUGCAGUGCUGAGGGAGAAGGCAGAAGCAAGGCGCAUGGCUUUCCUUGCCAGGAAGGGGUACCGGCACGACAGCUCAACAGCGGUGGCCGGCAACCCUCGUGGCCAUGGGCAGACCCGGGAGACAACCCAGGACCGCAGGAAGAAGGAGGCUAACAAGGCAACAAGAGCCAACCACAACCGGAGGACCAUGGCCGACCGGAAGAGAAGCAAAGGCAUGAUCCCAUCCUGA